AUGCUGAAGGAGCUCCAUCUCUUCCUGUUGGUCGUCCUGCUGCUUGUCUGUGCCUUCUUCUACCAGCUAAGCCUGAAGUCCAGCUGCUUCUUCUGCCUUCCUCCCCAACAGUUAGAGCAGGACCCAGGAGCCCUCCUGGGCAAUGGGCACGGCAUUGUGUUCAUAGAGACCUCGGAGAGAAUGGAACCAACUCCACUGGUCUCUUGUGCUGUGGAGUCUGCAGCCAAGAUUUACCCCAGGCAGCCUGUGGCAUUCUUCAUGAAGGGUCUCUGCAAUACCACACGGCUGCCCUCCAACUCCACUUACCCAGGCUUUUCCCUCCUCUCAGCAAUAGACAAUGUUUUCCUCUUCCCUUUGGAUAUGAAAAGGCUGUUUGAAGACACACCAUUGCUUUCAUGGUACACUCGCAUCAACGCCAGUGUGGAGAGCAACUGGCUUCACGUCAGCUCAGAUGCGUCCCGCCUGGCCAUCAUCUGGAAGUACGGCGGCAUCUACAUGGACACGGAUGUCAUCUCCAUCAGGCCCAUCCCUGAGGAGAACUUUCUGGCUGCACAGUCUUCUCGGUACUCUAGUAACGGGGUGUUCGGGUUCCUCCCCCACCACCCCUUCCUGUGGGAGUGUAUGGAAAACUUUGUUGAACACUACAAUUCAGAAAUCUGGGGCAACCAGGGUCCCAAUUUGAUGACCCGGAUGUUGAGACUGUGGUGCAAACUCAGAGACUUCCAGGAGGUGAGUGACCUCAGGUGUUUGAACUUGUCCUUCCUGCACCCCCAAAGAUUUUACCCCAUCUCCUACCCAGAGUGGAGGCGCUACUAUGAAGUCUGGGACAUGGAUCUUAGCUUCAACGACUCCUAUGCUCUGCAUCUGUGGAACUACAUGAACAAGGAAGGAAGGACUGUGGUCAGAGGAAGCAACACGCUGGUGGACAAUUUGUGCCGCAAGCACUGUCCCAGGACUUACAGGGACCUGAUUCGAGGCCCAGAAGGGGGGACACCUGGGAAGCUGGGUCUAGGUAACACUUAG